AUGAUGGCAACAUAAGUUGAAGUAAAUAGAAGAGCUUUCACAGAAGGAGUAAUCCUAGAUGAUCAUGAUUAUCAGCCAAUAGAUAUCAAUAAUCUAGAUGAUAACCAGCUUAAAUAAUUAGCAAGAAAUAAUGGAUACUAAAUAGAAGAGGAUGAGUCUGAAGAAGAUGAGGAUGAAGAUGAGUAAUCAGAUGAUAAUAAAAAUGCAGGAUAGGACUCAGAUGUCGAUAAUAUCGAUUUCAAAAACUUCAAGGGAAUCUAUUUCAAUGAUGAUCCAAAUAGGAAGUUCUAAUGUCCUGAUACAGGAGCUCACUUUGAAUACUUUGAUUUAUGCAAAAGGCUUGUAAAGCUAAAAGAUCUUAGAAUCAAAAUUGAUAAAGAACUUGGGAUUUAUGACUCUGUUACUACAAUUUAGGGCUUUUCAGAUUAAAUUGGAUCUACUGAAAAACUAAAUCCUAAAAAUGGCAAACUAAAUGAUGGCAUUACCGAUUAAUAGAGAUUUAAGAACCUAACUCGCAAAGUUGAUCUGCAAAAGUAAUAGGAUUAGUAGAACCAAUCUAGAAAUAACCAAAAACUACCUUAGCAUAACUCUGGUGGUUCAAAUAAUAAUUAAGUUUUAACUUUGUAAAGAAGACAAAUCAGAGCUGCUGCUGAUAACUAGACUGAUUAGUAACUUGAUAGCCUUGGAUAAAAAAGCAAUUAACAAAUUUCAUAAGGAAAUAGAGCUCAAUAUAACUCUAAUGUUCAUAAUCAGAUUAUUGCUUUGAAUGAGUUCAGAAUUAGAGGCCAUUCAGGGAUGAAUAUGAUUGGCUAGGGAAAUUAUUAGACCUAAGAUUUGAGGAGUAAAUCGCUGGAAAAAAGAUAAUAACUCAUAAUAGGGGACAAAACUUAAAAACAAUAAUCUUAAAGAGGUCAAUAGAUUCAAUAACUCCUCAUAACUAAUAAUCAUAAUAGCAUACUUCACCGAAAACAGUAAAGCUAAUUUAAUCAUAAUGAACUUCAAAGGGUAGAUUUAUAAAAUAAUAACAAGUAAUCAGGGUCAAAUUAGGAUUUAAAAAAACAAAUAGAAAAUUAAAAAAGAUAUUCAAAUAGUGGUGCUGAGGCUGCUGAGUUUUAUGCAACUGGCAGAAACUAAAGUGUCAAUCAAGCCACCUCAGGAUCAUUCUAUCAAAAUAAUUCAUUAGAUCGACGAGCUGUAGACAAUAACUCUAUUUCAUAGGACAAUUAAUCACUUUAUGCAUAGAAUAAUGUCCAAUAACUAGGUUUAUAAUCAGCAGAGAGAUAGAUUAGAUAGAAUGUUUAAAUAGGUACUUCCAAAAAGUAAGUAAGUUUAGACUCUUAGUACAGAAAUAACUAGUAAAAUUAACUGAGACAAAACAAUAACUAUAACACUGUUAUUGGAGUUGGAAAUAGUGCCAAUAAAAUUUAGCCAUAAAUUGGGACUAGGAAAACAAGAAAUAACUUUAUUGGAGGCUCAACUGCAAUGCAAAUUCACUACAACAAUAAUUUGAUAAUUGAAGAUUAUGAUAAACCAUCUCCUUAUGUUUAAAAACAAAAGCAGCAGAUGCUCAGUUUAAAUAACAAGCGACUUUAGACUCAGCUUAUUUAAGAAAACAUAGAAAUAAAUGGAAAGAAUCCAUAUUCUCGAAACAGGUUAAGUGAUCACAUUGGUUUGGGUAAAGCAGUGAGUUAUAAUAAUAAAGCUUAAGAUCUAUUGCUAAGUUUUUAGUAAAACACUAAUACAAUUAAUAACAUAAAGUAAAAUCAUUUGAAUAAUAAAAGACUGCUUAAUGGCAAUAACCAGUUUAGACAGAGUUUUGGCAGCUAGAUUCAAGGACCUCUUCUUUAAAACAGGCCUUUCUUUAAAAAUAAUCAUCUGAUCAGUAGCUAAGAGGAAAUAGCUUUAAAAGAUGAUAUGAGGCCUAUAACCAGCGGUGGCAAAGUAAGCACAGAACUAUAAAAACAACACUUAUAGCAAUAAUUUCAAAUCAAAGAUAAAUUUAGUCAAGGUCAUUAAAAAGGCUAAUCUUAAAAUUAAAGAAUCGUGAUAAAUCAAAAGAUAAAUAAUGCCCUUUAUAGCGGGGUCAAUCAAGUUCAAGCUUGA